GAACUAAAUAGUCUACAUUAGAACAGUGACACAAACACAUCUUUAUGUUUCUUAAUUUAAUGGAAUAAAAAUGUUGCGGAUCCCUUACUUGAGUGCAGGUGUCAGAAACAAUGCGAGGUGUUUUAGUGUUAAAUUUGGCAGUCUUAACGGCUUAGGCCUGGACAAGAGGGCUCUUGGUGACCGUAAACAGCGUACCUUCUCUGAUCGCUCACAGCUGAAAUAUGCCAGAAGACUGGUGGUCAAACUCGGCAGUGCCGUCAUCACGAGAGAAGAUGGAAAUGGACUGGCUCUGGGAAGAUUGGCGUCGAUUAUUGAACAGGUUGCGGAAUGCCACCACGAGGGUAGGGAGUGCAUCAUGGUGACGAGCGGUGCCGUCGCAUUCGGCCGACAGAAGUUGACACAUGAGCUGCUCAUGUCACUGUCCAUGAGAGAGACCCUCUCCCCCAGUGAUCAUACUAGAGAGGACGCCAGCAGCACUCUGGACCCGCGCGCUGCGGCCGCGGUCGGGCAGUCGGAGCUGAUGGCCAUGUACGACGCCAUGUUCUCACAGUACAACGUCAAGAUCGCACAGGUGCUAGUGACGAAACCGGACUUCUACAACGAGGAGACCCGUAAGCACUUGUUCGCGACACUGUCCGAGCUGAUCUCGCUGAACAUCGUGCCCAUCAUCAACACCAACGACGCGGUCAGCCCGCCUAUGUACAUCCACGACGACACCGUAGUACCGGGCACCGGGAAGAAGGGUAUCGGUAUAAAGGAUAAUGACAGUCUAUCAGCGCUGCUGGCUGCGGAGGUGCAGUCCGACCUGCUGAUCAUGAUGUCAGAUGUAGACGGGAUCUACAACAAGCCACCCUGGGAGGACGGUGCCAGGAUGAUGCACACCUACACAGCGAAGGACAAGGACCAAGUGGAGUUUGGUCAGAAGUCUAAGGUGGGUACUGGAGGUAUGGACUCCAAAGUCCAAGCUGCAACAUGGGCGAUGGCUCGAGGCGUCAGCGUAGUAAUUUGUAACGGCAAACAGGAGAAGGCCAUCAAGACGAUCAUCAAUGGACGGAAGGUCGGAACCUUCUUCACAGACUGCCCGUCCUCUGCAACCACUCCUGUUGAUGUUUUGGCUGAAAAUGCGCGUUCCGGAAGUAGAGUGCUACAAAAACUCACACCGAGUGAAAGAGCGUCAGCGAUUCACAAUCUAGCUGAUCUCUUAGUCGACAAGAAGGAUCAAAUUUUAGAAGCGAAUGCAAAAGAUUUAGAAGAGGCUACAAAAAGUGGCUUGGAAAAGCCACUACUAAACCGAUUGUCUUUGAGCCCAGGAAAACUGCAGACUUUGUCCAUUGGAUUGAAGCAAAUAGCCGAUUCGAGUUACGAAAAUGUAGGCAGAGUCCUACGUAAAACGAGAUUAGCCGAAAACCUCGUACUCAGACAAGUGACAGUACCUAUUGGAGUUCUGCUAGUCAUAUUCGAGUCGAGACCAGAUUCCCUACCCCAAGUAGCUGCUUUAGCCAUGGCGUCUGCUAACGGUCUUCUACUUAAAGGUGGAAAGGAAGCAGCGCAUUCGAACAGAGUAUUGAUGGACAUGGUUAAGGAAUCUCUCAGAUCAGUCGGUGCCCAAGACGCGAUAUCACUGAUCUCAACACGAGAGGAGAUCAGUGACUUACUCGCGAUGGAAUCUCACAUCGAUCUCAUCAUUCCUCGCGGCUCCUCUGACCUUGUUAGAAGCAUUCAGAAGCAAUCCCAACACAUUCCAGUUUUGGGCCACGCGGAAGGCAUCUGCCACGUUUAUUUGGACAAGGAUGCCGAUCACGCUAAGGCCUUGAAGAUUAUCUGUGAUGCCAAAUGCGAUUAUCCCGCUGCCUGCAACGCUAUGGAGACGUUACUGAUCCACGAAGACCACAUGAAUGGUCCGUUCUUCACGGAGAUCUGCAAUAUGCUGAAACACGAGGGUGUGAAGAUCCACGCUGGUCCUAAAUUAGCGGCUCAACUUACGUUUGGCCCGUCACCGGCUAAGACCAUGAAACAUGAGUAUGGCGCGUUGGAAUGCUGCAUUGAGAUCGUGAAGGAUUUGGAUGAGGCUGUUGAGCACAUUCACAAGUAUGGAAGCUCCCAUACUGAUGUCAUUAUUACUGAAAAUGACGAAACAGCUAAGCAGUUCAUGAGCUCAGUAGACAGCGCAUGUGUCUUCCACAACGUAUCUUCACGCUUCGCCGACGGAUUCCGCUUCGGACUUGGUGCUGAAGUUGGCAUAUCUACUGCCCGGAUACAUGCUAGAGGUCCCGUUGGAGUUGAAGGCCUACUCACCACAAAAUGGAUUCUGGAGGGCACCGACCACACCGCUCGCGAGUUCAACGAAGGCAAACGCACCUGGCUGCACGAGAAAUUGCCCGUAAAUUGACUCACAAAAUGGCGGACCGAAACAAAAUGGCCGAC